AACUUGUUCUCCUCACGACGCAAAAUUCGGUCUACAACAAAUUGUGUCUUCUGCCUGUUUGGGGGGCCGGAAGUGUCCUUAAUCAGCGGAACCACCGGUCCCGCCGCCAAAGUCGUCUCCGGCGUCGCGACGUCACCGUCCGACGACUCGGCGCAGCUAGACAGCGUGACGGCAACUCUUUGUGACUACGACGUUCAACAGUCGGGAAGAUUCGUGUAUGUACAAGACGACAAUCAAAACCAAAACCGCACUUGUUCCGCACUAACUUCUCAUCUGCGAAAUCGAAACCGCCGUGAAAUCCGCUGAAAUGAGAAGAGUGGCCGUGCUCGGUCGCAGAACAAUUUACAGGCGUAGCCUCACAACCGACGGCGGUCGUUUCUGCGAUGCGACAGUGACGAAGCUGCGGAGCUUCUCCCGAUAAACAGCCGGCCCGGGACAUUGAAUCGUCGGAGAUAACGCGAUCCGGGAGGAAAGUAAAUUCGUCAGAGGGACACCGUAGCGGAGAUGGCAACCAACAGCCCCGGACAAUCGAUCCAUCUGAAAUCCCCGAGGAGUCCGCGGCAGCUGCCGGCGCUUCCUCGUCUCCAGCAGCAGGUGCCGAUCGCCGAACAGCGGAGCCCGACUCAGGGUCAAUCGCUGGCCAAGUCGCCCGGCACUCCGCGGGUCUUCGAGUUCCCGCCCGAGUACUACCCGGAGACACCCAACACGACCUUCGACUUCGACGAGUUCGGGCGCGCCGACGAGCACGAGCAGCAGCGCGGCUCCAGGAGUCCCAGCUAUUACUCCCGCACCACGCCGGUCCCACCGCGGAGCCCGAAGACUCCCAACAGCGAGAUACUGCACUCGCCCGGCCGCAGGUCCCCCAUCUUCCAGUUCUGCGAUCCGCGCAAGACUUUGAGGCAGGCCGCGAGCUAUCCGGCAUCGGGGACCUCGUCAUUGAUGACCGAUCGCAGUAGAUCGGUCAACUCGUCGUCCGGUUAUGGCGCGAGAAGCCCGCAGCUUUUCGACCGGCGGAGGAACUCCUUCGGCCUGGCGAGCCUCAACAGCCCUAUGUCGCCCACGAUCGUAACUCCGACGUCGCACGAAGCGACCAGUCCGCAGGCGAGUCGAAACUCGGAACUCGGCCAAAAAGAUGCCAGCAGGGAGAUCGCGGGAUAUAUGUGUAAUAGCCCAGGCAAGAGUCCUUCUUUGGAAAGUCAUCCCGGAGGACUGCAGGAGAAGCCCGGCGAGGGGGCCGGCGAUAGGUCAAGAAGCGCAAAAACAGGCGGGCACUUUAACAAGAGCCAGGGAUGCCUCGACGAGGUUGGUCGGAGUCAUUGCGAGGGCUCGAACGAGCGCACGAAACGCAGACGGAGCGGAAAGAACAUGUCCCGACGAUCUACCAGCGAUUUGACGGAUAUGGGUGACGCCGAUACUGAGAUCACUCUAUUAUCCAGCCCUAGAAGAAGAGGCUCGAUGAAGGGCGGUCUCGCCUAUCUGGCGUCGAGACGCGGCUCCCGCGAUAGUCAGUGCUCGAACGUGUCCAAUGUUACCAAUGAAGAUGUGGGGCCAUUGAAUUUCAGCAAUCAUCCGAGAGGCCGGCAACGAAGAACUUCCAAUUUUCUCGAGCUGCCGGUACCGGAUCACAUACGACCUCGUGUGCACAGCCUACCGGAAAAGGCGUACAAUCCUCGGGCGAGCGACGACUUGUACAGACUCAGGGCGUUCAGCAUCACUCACAAGGGUGUCGUGAAUCGAGGUGAUUCCAUCAUCUCCAGACGCAGCAGAAGCAACACCUCCGUCAACAGUAGCAGAAACAGCAACGUAUCGGGCGAGAGAUCGCCAUUUGAGGGUUCUUGUUGCAGCGGGCAAGGCGCUAGCACCGACAGCGACGCCGAGGAAAGUAUUUCAAAGUACAGGGUUGUCUUACUGGGAGAUUCCGGAGUGGGAAAGACCGCUCUGGUCUCGCAAUUCAUGACGAGCGAGUAUAUGAACACAUACGAUGCUAGUCUAGACUUUCGCCUUUAUAUUGCAGACGACGAAUUCGGCGAGAAAACCGUUUCCAUUUUAUUAGACGGCGAGGAAUCGGAAAUGAUCUUUAUCGACCAUCCACAUGUGGAAAUGAGCGUUGAAAACUCUUUGUCGACGUACGAGCCACAUGCCUGCAUCGUGGUUUAUUCAAUCGUUUCACGUACGAGCUUCCAAGUGGCUGAGGAGAUACUAAACUACUUGUGGCAAGAACAUUACACUCAGGAACAUACGGUCAUUGUUGUUGGCAACAAGUCUGACCUCGCCAGAAGCCGGAUAAUUUCGACAAAUGAGGGAAAGCAGUUGGCUACGUCGCGAGAGUGCAAGUUUAUCGAAACGUCGAGUGGGCUUAAGCACAAUGUGGAUGAGCUUCUGGUCGGCGUUCUAAAGCAAAUCCGCCUGAGAGAAAGCCGCGAAAAGAAACUCCGACGCCAGGGUAGCAAGGGCAAACUGAUGUCGAAGCUGCACAAUAGCAAAACUGUUCUAAGCUUGAACAUCGCCAGAGAAAUUCUUAACAAGAUAUGCUUGAACGACAGCAAGAGCAAGAGCUGCGAAAACCUGCACGUGCUGUGAAAUAUCGCGUUAGAGGGAAGGCAAGAAGACGACAGAAAAGAAAUACACGAGAGAUCCCUUUUACAAUUGCGAAUCAAUUCUCGACCGAGCGGAAACACGAUAGUAAUCAAGACCAAGAGGUUAAGCACUGCUUCACCGCGAGGGCUGCAUAGCAUUUUCAUUUUUUCUCAUCCACGCGGAUGUUACGGAGCCGCGCUAGCUCGACUGACAAUGAGACCUUUUCAACAGGGUCGUAACGAUUUUACGAUUCGCGCACUGAUUACGCGUCCCGGUAAGGAGUCGUUGUUACUACCUACGUAUUCCAUGUUCCCUGCAGAUAUGUGCAGACUUUUGUUCCCGCAGCAGCUCGGAUAAUAUGCGAUAUAUCUCUAUCAUGCGGUAACGCAGCGUCGAUCCGAACCGGUUUAUAAUAUUCGCGAGGUUUCGCUCUGGGAGCUGUUAAUUAAAAAAAUCUUUUUUAAAAUACACGUUUAAAACAAUCGCAAAGACGUUGUCAAUUAUAACAUUUUUUAAUCAGACAUUAAAGCGAGACAAUGAAUGCAGAAAGAUAAAUGCAUAUUAUACAUUUUUAUUUUAUUUUUAACGUUACAUUAUGUGAAGGAGAUUAAACUUAAUAAUAUCAAGCAGUUUUUGUGUCACUGCAUACACCAAGAAGUAUCAUAUUUCUUAGUAUAAUUGUAAAAAUUUAUUUAAUUACUGAUAUGUUACAAAAAAUAAUAUUU